AUGGCCUCCUCCGCCACCGCUGCCACGGAUAGCACUCCUCUCCUCUCAUCCCCCUCUGCUAUGCGACCAUCACCAUCCAGCCAGAAGCCGCAGCGCAGCGUAACGUUCAACCCACAGGUAUCAACAGCGAGUCCUCCAAAACGCCGACCUCAAUUUCCGCCUCCUUCGCAAGCACAGUCGUCGGGCAACAUCUCCACUACAACACUGCCCCGAGAUGGCUCACAACCGAUGCUAUCAACCCUCAACAGCAAACUCAGAAGACGGAACAGCUCAGGUGCUGCGCUACAGAUGCCCAUGCAGGUGCCUGCCAGCAAGAUUGGACCGCAGCGGACAUCAAGGACUGCACAGAAGCUUAAGCUCUUACCCAACCCGGAACAACCGGAAGACGAGGAUGAAGAGAGUGGGCGAGACGUCUACAGCCAGUUUACACGCAUCAAGGACCCUACUGCGCGAAGAGAUGCUGCGCGGUUGGGAAAGGACGACAGAGCGAAGCUGCCCAGAGUGACUGCGUAUUGCACUGCGAGCUCGUACCGGAUAGAUGACCUGAUGAGAUUUCUGAAGGGAAGGGCGAAGACGAAGAACACAGCACCGAAGGUGUUUGAUGAAUGCAUAUACAGUCCGUAUUCGUACAAAAAGGAGGUAUCAAGUGGGAAGCGCAGAGGAAGUGGAAACCAAGAAGACCAGCCGGUUGAGCGUGUUCAAUCGCACCCCAUCCGGCGAUUCUCGGACAGCGCCAUUGAGGUCGAUGAUAAUCAAGAGCAACGAAGACAAGAUCUGAUAGACUUUCAGACGGAGAUACAGACUGAGGCUGGAGAUACGAGUUUGGAGACUGGACAGUCCAGCCAUCCAACUAACCACGUCGAUCCGGAGAUGAUGCCUACGCUGUCGAUGGAAGAUCGUGUGGAGCCUGACUUCGACACGACGGUGCACAUACCGGAAGUCUUCCUUUUCGAAUAUGGUGUGGUCGUGAUAUGGGGGAUGACGUUGAAGGAGGAACAGCGGUUCCUGAAGGAAAUUGCGAAGUUCGAGCAGGAGAAGCUCGGCAAGGACGACAUUCAGACGGAGGAGUUCAACUUCUACUACACAAGGGAGUAUCAGGCGCGGAUCUACAACGACUUCAUUUCGUUGCGGGAGAAGCGCAACUACAUGACCAAGCUUGCUAUAAGUCAUGCGUUGGCGCAGAGCACGAAGACGUCUCUCUACGAAGACCUCCUCGACGCCACCAUUAGCACCACCCAAUCCAUCCCCAGCACCAUUGCCCGUACCGGCCGGAUCAACCUCACCAGAAGAGAGAUCAACAUGCAGAUCGGCGAGCUCUUCAUCCUUCGCAUCAACAUCCAUCUACAGGGUUCUGUGCUGGAUGCGCCAGAAUUGAUGUGGGCUGAGCCGCAACUCGAUCCGGUGUACCAGGCUGUGCGGAGUUACCUCGAGAUGGACCAGAGAGUCAGUCUGCUGCAGGAGCGGGUGGGUGUGAUCGCGGAUUUGCUCGCGGUGUUGAAGGAUCAGUUGAGUCAUACGCAUGGCGAAUACCUCGAGUGGAUCGUCAUUGUCCUGAUCGCGGCAGAAAUUCUGGUCGCUGCGAUCAACAUUGUGGUCGACCUAUACGCUGGUGUAGAUUAG